CACAUAAUUGCACCCAACAAUCCUUUUUCACCAUAGAAACCUGAGCUAUUAAGCUAGCUAUUCAUCACUUCUACAUCUGCUUUUUAUUUAUCUUCCAAUAUAAAUAUCUAUCAAUCUCCAUCAACUUUUUCUCCCUACCAUACCAUCUUUUUAUUGGUUUUUUUUUUUCCUCAAAUUCCAUUAUGGAUCCUAAUUCAUGCACUUCUUCUGUCAAUGGCUUCUACAACUUGCUCAACCAAGGACUUGAAGAACUUGAUUGCUCUUUCCUUUCUUGUAACUUCAUGUCAAUCCAAUUCCUCCAAAAAGUCCUCUCUUCACUCCGGUCCUUCCACUCCCAAUUAACCAUUUUGGUUCAAAAGCUUCACCUUCCUGUAGGAGAAAAAUGGCUUGAUGAAUACAUGGACGAAAGCUCCAGGCUCUGGGAAGCCUGUCUUGUUCUCAAAUCUGGCAUCUCCGGCAUGGAAACUUAUUAUUCUUCUGCUGCCAAUAUUGCUUCCUCACUUGAUCAUCAUCAGCUCUUCAACCCUCAAUUUUCUCGCCAGGUUAUACGGGCAAUAGUUGGCUGCCAAAGGGAAAUUGUAGGAUUGGAAGAGGAAAAUAGGAAUCUGAUGCAAACAAGAGCAAGACAACUAUCACUAAGAUUUGAUGAGAAUGUUACAGUAGAAUCAAAGUUAAAUGGUUUCAAUGGUUUUCGAGGUGUUCUUUAUGCAAUGAGGAAUGUUAGUUCAUUGAUUCUAAUGAUCUUGCUUAGCGGGCUUGUAUAUUAUUGGCCUGAAUUAAGCUUUGUCCAUGGACAGCAUGAGGGGCAUGUGAUAUUUGGGUCAGCUUUCAAGGUUUCACUUGCAAGACUGCAUCAAAGGGUAUCUAAUGAAAUGGAACAAAUUGGCGGGCAGCCAGGGAUUAUGCUUUAUGAAUUCAGGGAAGCUAGGAUUGCCAUGGAAGAGGUAAGAGAGGAAUUGGAAAGAAUUGUGAAGUAUGGAUCAGAAGUUGAGAUCCAAGACAAGAUUGACCACUUGAAGAGUUGCUUUGGGUUGUUUAGAUGUGGGGUGGAGACUAUAAUUGGGCAGAUUGAUGAUUUCUUUGAUGAAAUAGUUGAAGGAAGGAAAAAACUUUUGGACAUGUGCACUCAUAGGUAGAUAGAUAAAGUUUGUACAUGUGCAGCUAGUUAGAGAGAGAGGAGAAAAAAAAAUCCAAAAAAGAAAGUGAAAAGAUGUGAAUCAGUGGUUAAAGUGGUAUCAUGUCACUCAAUUUCUUCGUUAAUUUUCCUUUUUAUUUCUCUUUUGGCCGUUUUUAACAUGUUUUUAGCUUCAACUUAUUGUUCCUGUUGAAAAAUGAAAUCAAGUGUUUGCAGCUGCAAUACAUUAGUCUGGAAGUUGA